AUGCACACAAAUUCAUAUUCAUAUCUACUAUUACUAGCAUUACCUUUAUUUAAUUGCAUUUUGGCCUUGGAUCAAUAUAAUUAUCAAGGCUGUUAUGACGCAUCUGCUUUAGAAAGUUCGAUAACAUUAACUUCCAAGGGUUCAUACCUUUACCAAUCUGUAUCAUAUUGUCAGGAGCAAUGUUCAAAUUCUAAUGUAGUAGCACUAUUGAAUGGUAAUGAAUGCUUUUGUGGGGAUUCCAUUUCAUUCAUAUAUUCUUUGGAGAAACUAUCUUCAUCAAAGUGUGACACUGCAUGUGGUGGCUGGCCAUAUCAAACCUGUGGUGGGAGUUCUGCAAUGGAUGUAUAUAUUGAUGCCUCAGUUUCAAUUAGCUCGCAAGAACAAAGUUCCCAAAUUAGUAGUUCUACAUUAAAGACAAGCUCAUCGAUAAAAGCAUCAUCAGAGACACAACUAGCUACAAAAUCAUCAAUCUCGUCCUCAUCAUUAUCGUCGUUCACAACAAGAAUAACAUUAACUCCUUCCUCCGCAAAGGUUGCGGCAUUAUCAAGCUCUACUAAAUCAAGCAGUCGGCCCAUAUCGGUUUCUUCAAGUUCUUUAAUUGCGUCUCCUACUUCGUCUACAGUGCCACUCAGUUCUAGUACGAAGCAAGAUAUUACAACUUCAAGUACCCAAACCCCUACUGUUUCAACUACAACCGCUAUACAAACUGCCAUUUCGUUGCAACAACUAAGCUCUUCUGAUCUAGCUAACGUUCCCACAUCAACUACUAGUCCUAAAGCUGCAGUUACCUCCAUUCACUAUACAACCAAGGUGGUAGUUCAAUCCGUUCUAACAACAUUAAAUCAAGAAGCAACCACUGUCAUUGUGACCUCUACCUCCAUAAUGAGCUCUUACUCUACUGCAACUGCUUUAUCUGCCGGAGCAAAUUCAUCAAUGAACGGCAAAUCAAGCACCGGAAAUAGCAACAAAUUAAGCGGUGGAGCUAUAGCCGGAAUAGUAAUUGGCGUUGUAAUCGGUUUUCUGAUGAUUUUAUUAAUUUUAGUCCUAAUAUUUAUGUACUGGAGAAAACAGAAAAAGAAAAAUAUGAUGGAAAAAUCACAGGUUGAUUUUGAGGAGAAUAAACAAUUCCAACCUUACUCCUUCGGUGAUGAAGAUGCUAACCCAAUCAUAUUGCCAGAACAAUCAUCAAAGACUAGUAGCUGGAUUUUCUCAAACAACAAUGCAGCAAAUAUAAGUAAUGCGACCAAGCGUAAUUCCGGAACGCAAUCCCUUCAAUCAUCUAAAGGAAGCAAAACAAAUUCCUUAUUUGGAAGAGGAUCGACUGCAAAUGUACCUCCACCUACUAUAUUAGAAAAAAUGAGCUACCCGUCUACUGUCUUUGAAGAACCUGGAAUUUAUGCCAAUGAUCAAGAUAAAAAUAUCUUCAGCGCUACAUCGUUACCUGACCUAGGAAUGGACAAUGGAGUUUUACACAUUGUUAACCCAGAUACUCCUGAUGAAAUAAGUACCGUUGAUUUUGAAACCGACUUAGUCAAUGAUAAAGCCGCCAAUGAAUCUUUCUAG